AUGUUCGCCGAGCUGCUCUUCCAGGCUGCUUGUGUGUCUGUGCUCCUUCAAGGGGCCCAGGGGAGAGUCUACACAGGAAGGAAGAAACUUGCCAACUUCGCCGUGGAGAGACGUCGCAUUGGACCACAUGUUUGCCUCUCUGGUUUUGGAAGUGGAUGCUGUCCUGGGUGGAUACCAUCUCCGGGCAGCGGACAGUGCACCCUACCACUUUGCUCCUUUGGCUGUGGCAGUGGCUUGUGCAUCGCUCCCAAUGUCUGUUCUUGCAGGGAUGGAGGGCAGGGCAUCACAUGUCCAGACCCUCCAGGUGCCUGUGGAGAAUAUGGCUGUGACCUUGCCUGCAAUCAUGGGGGCUGCCAGGAGGUGGCGCGGGUGUGCCCAUUAGGAUUCUCCAUGACUGAGACGGCCAACGGUGUACGUUGUGCAGACAUUGAUGAGUGCCUGAGCGCCUCCUGCGAGGGGCUUUGCGUGAACACAGAGGGCGGCUUUGUGUGUGAAUGUGGCCCAGGGAUGCAACUCUCCGCUGACCGCCACAGUUGUCAAGACACUGAUGAGUGCCUAGCAACACCCUGUCAGCACCACUGCAAGAACAGUAUGGGCAGCUACCGAUGUUCCUGCUAUCCUGGCUUCUACCUACAUGGCAACCGGCACUCCUGCAUGGGUACCUGUGCAUUUGGUGCAGAUGUGAAUGAAUGCCGCCGAUCCAGUGAGAAGCGAACCUGCCAGCACUCCUGUCACAACACCCUGGGAAGUUUUAUGUGCAGCUGUCGACCUGGCUAUCGGCUCAGCAUGGACAGAGUGACCUGUGAAGGUUUUUCAAAGACAAGCCUGGCCCCAUCUCCCAUCUUGCAGUCUCUCCAACACCCACCAACUCUGCUGCGCCUCUCUCCACACUCUGUGGCACCUGCCGUGCCUCCCAGGGGCUCUGCCCCUUCCCGAGCUCCUGCUCCCCACAGUGGGCUCAGAACUCCCUCUCCUUUGCCACUCCUUUCCACGUUCCCUGUUCUUCUACCAGCAGCCUCCUCCACCCCUUCAUCCCUUCCCCCCAGCUCCUCCCUUGUCACCCCCUUCUUGCUAAGAACUGCCAGGCCUUCAAUGGUGGUGAGCCCACUGCCGCCAUUGCUGCUGCGAGAGGAAAUGACGACGCCCUCUCCCACAAGUCCCUCGGCUCCCACCACUUCACCUGCAGCCCUACCUUCCACCUGCUGGCAGGGAGAGGUUCUUCAUGAAAAUGGCAGCCAUUGGAUAGAGCCAGGAUGUCUGAAUUGCUCCUGUGAGGGUGGGCACAUCCAGUGCCGAGCAGUGAUAUGCGAGGUGGCUUGCUCCCAUCCACUUCCCCCAAUAGAGAGGGAGUGUUGUCCCAGCUGCACAGGCUGUUUCUAUUAUGGGAUUUCCAGAGCGGAGGGGGAAGUUUUUUCUCUCUCUGAGGAGAACUGCACAGUCUGUGUCUGCCUGGCAGGCAACAUAUCCUGUAUCUCUCCAGAAUGUACGCCCAGUCCAUGCUCCAGCUCUGCCCAGACUGACUGUUGUCCCUGCCAGCCAGUAGAGUGCCAUUUCCGUGGCCAGACGUAUGCAGAAGGGACCGAGUUCAGCCCGCAUGGUGAUGAAUGCACCACCUGUGUGUGCAGGCAAGGUGAAGUUGAGUGCUCCUUCACUCCCUGUCCCACUCUGGAGUGUCCCCGAGAUGACUGGGUCUUGACCCCAGGACAGUGCUGCUUCACCUGCCGAAAGGUUGCACCCACGACUGGUUGCUUUGUGGAUGACAAUGGAGUUGAAUUUCCAAUUGGACAGAUCUGGUCACCGGGUGAUCCCUGUGAGUUAUGCAUCUGCCAGGCAGAUGGCUCAGUGAGCUGUAAGAGGACAGAGUGUUUGGAGACAUGUCCUCACCCAAUCCGGAUCCCUGGACAGUGCUGUCCAGAUUGCUCAGCAGGCUGCACCUAUGGCGGAAGGAUUUUUUACAACAAUGAGACAUUCCCCUCUGUCUUGGACCCUUGCCUAAGUUGCAUUUGUUUGCUGGGGUCUGUGGCCUGUUCUCCUGUGGACUGUAUAGUUUUUUGUACGUACCCUUUCCAUCCAGAAGGAGAAUGCUGCCCAGUUUGCCAUGACUGCAAUUACAAAGGGAGGAAAGUGGUGAAUGGACACAACUUUGUGCCAGAAGGUGAACCUUGCAUUCAUUGCAUCUGCCAGCUUGGAGAGGUGAGCUGUGAGAAGAGGCCCUGUCCAAGCAUCUGUGCAGAGCCCUUUGCUCCCCCUACACAUUGCUGCCCUGACUGCCAAGGUAAUGAAGUUACAGAUGACCUGGCCUCACUGGAUAAUAGUCUAGCCAACUCUCACUUGGAAGAUGGAGAAUCAGAGACGGCCUUGCAAAACGUACGAAGACAUUCCAUGGCCCUGAUGUCUGACAGGAACUGCAGCCACUGCACUUCCAUCCCCACACCUGCCUCAUUCAGUCCAGAGCCUGAGCCCCCUCUUGCAGCAAGUGAUCCAAGUGCUUGGGAGAUUCCGCCUAUGAGCCCAACAGCACCAGGGGAUGUUGGCUUCCAUCAGACCAGACCAGGAGAUCCCAUCAGCCUGCUUCUCAAUAGACCACCAAGUGUCAAACCCCCUUCUUCUUGGCUAGGCCAUUCGGCGAAUCCUCCGAUACGACCAGGGUCCACUAUGCCACAUCUAAACAGGCCAGAAAGCAUCAGGCCUCCUCCCACCAGGCCAAGUGACUUCCCUUCUGGUCAUCAUAGCCUUCCUUCUCUCAUUACAAGGACAACUGGAACCUCUGUGCCCUCCACUGCUGUUCAUCCUUCCACUUCUCUCACUGCUAACCUCAGAAAUUCCAUAACUGCCCUCUUUCAAUCUUCAAAUGCCCACAGCCUUCCUUUGCCACCUCCAGCUAAAACCUUUUCCCCUUCAGCCAGCCCCAAUAUGGACUCUCCUCAAGAACUUUCUGGCAGCUCAUCCCACAUAACCAGUUCACCCAUGGGCCAGCAAACUGUGGGGGGCAACCCUUCAUUGCCCCCUGGUAGUGAGAAUAACCUCAAUGGCACUGCUCCGUAA